CAGUUAUAGCGAGCAGAGAGUGAUCUCACGCGCCGAUUGCACGUAAUCAUUGCACCACCCGUCAGCACCGCUUCCGCCACAGUGGGGCCACCGUGUGCCAUGGAAAGUGGAGACUUCACUUCCCCUGCCAACAGAGAGACAGAGAGAGAAGCGGAAGCGCUGUAGUGUAACAGUACAGUAAGGGAGUGGCUUUAUCUUUCCCUAUGCUUCCUUUGCCUUUUACUUUUCUUCAUCCUUCGCGGUUCGAAAAUUCUGAUUCGGAGAUCGCCGCUUAGUUUCAUCAACAAUGGGGAGUGUUUCGUCGGAAGAAGAUUCCGAUCACAAGAGCGAGAGGCUCGACAGUUACAGUCUGAGUGCUGACGUCAGUGAAUCGGAGACCGAGAGCUCCAGCUCCUUCUCCUACGAUCCUGAAGCCGCUUCGUCUUCCCUCACUGCUUCGCCGCUCGCCGGAUCGGACUCGUCCGCCAAUUUAGAUUUCCUGGUGCCGCCUAGAGUGACCUUGCCGGUUGUCGGUGGGAGACACGUCAUCAUUCCAGAGGAUAAGCCGGAGAAACCUGGUAGAAUUGACUUAUCAGAGGUUGAAUUGAUGAAAGAACGUUUUGCCAAGCUUCUGCUUGGAGAGGAUAUGUCAGGGGGUGGGAAGGGAGUUUGCACUGCUCUUGCCAUCUCCAACGCCAUUACCAAUCUCUCUGCUACCGUGUUUGGGGAGCUAUGGAAAUUGGAGUCAUUGCCACCACAGAAGAAGUUGAUGUGGCAACGAGAGAUGGAAUGGCUUUUGUGUGUCAGUGAUUCCAUUGUUGAACUCAUUCCAUCAUGGCAAGAAUUCCCUGGUGGUGGGACUUUUGAGGUCAUGGUGACUAAACCUCGCUUGGAUCUUCAUGUAAAUCUUCCUGCAUUAAAAAAGCUAGAUGCUAUGUUGAUCAGCAUACUUGAUGGGUUUGAUGAUUUUGAAUUUUAUUAUGUCGACCGUGGCAUGGUUGUUGGUAAUGGCGAGAACUUAGGAGCACAUCUUUCAUCCCCAUCUACGGGAAGGUCCUCUGUUAUGAUGGAAGAGAAAUGGUGGCUGCCUUUUCCAAAGGUCCCACCUGGUGGCUUGUCAAAAGAUACAAGGAAGAGAUUGCAGAAAUGUAGAGAAUGCACAAACCAAAUAUUUAAGGCUGCCAUGGCAAUCAAUAGCAGCAUACUGGCUGAUAUGGAAAUCCCAAAUAUUUACCUGGAGAGCUUGCCUAAGAGUGGGAGAUCUUGUUUAGGUGAAAUUCUUUACAAAUUCAUGACUGCUGAUCAAUUCUCCCCAGAAUGUCUUCUUGAUUACUUAGAUCAAUCAUCGGAAUACACCACAUUAGAGAUAGCAAACAGGAUUGAGGCUGCAAUGCACACUUGGAUGCAGAAGUGCUCGAAAAAGCAUUCCAAACCUGUUAAACCUUUAAGAUCCUCAUGGGGUGGCAAGGUUAAGGACCUUGUUGCUGAUAGUGAAAAGUGUAAACUUUUAGCAGAUCGGGCUAAGACCCUCUUACAGAACUUAAAGCUGCACUUUCCAGGUCUCCCACAGACUGCUCUGGAUGUGAACAAGAUUCAGUAUAACAAGGAUGUUGGACAGUCAAUCCUAGAGAGCUACUCAAGGGUGAUGGAAAGCUUAGCCUACAAUAUAAUGGCAAGGAUAGAUGAUCUCCUAUACGUUGACGAUGCCACAAAACAACGAUCUGUUUCAGGGUCAGUGACGAUGCUUGACUGUGGAGGGUGUCCGGCUGUUCUUCCAAUGCAGACGACGAUUUCUCCUAGCCCAUUUUCGGUGAAACCAAUAUCCUACAAUUCCCCAUUGAAAUCAGUGGCAUUCACCUCUACGAAACAAAGACUUGGAAGCCCCAGAGCAUUCACGUCGUUGAAACAAAACUUCGAAUUUGAAAGUCCCGGGAGGGCUUAUUGUUCGGCAAGCAACAGCAGCAGUCUAAGUGACUCCCUGAAUGAGAAUUUGGAGAGACUGACUUUCUAAUGAUUUGCAAGGAGUAUUAUUCCAUCUAAGAAGAGCUCAUCUGCCACAAAAAGUUGGCUCUGAUGGCUCUGAUUCUUCCAGAGACCAGAGUCUUAGUGCCGAGAUUGUUCCAUUUAAUGUACCCUACAAGCCUGGGCUUGUGGCUCUUAUUAGUGAAGUAGUACUAGAUAUUGAGGCUAGCUGGUAGGAAUGGUUUAUUGUUUAGUAUUUAGUGAAUGGUAGCUGAAACCAGACAGAUUGUGUGUUCAAGUCUUUGAUGAACUUGUAUAAACGCAACGCGGGAAGCAGAAAAAGGCAAUGGCAACGCUUGUAAUGUGAUUUUUUC